CCUCUUGGGCGGCAAACAGGAAAUGUUGUGUGGUUGCAAAUGAAGGGGGCUGAGGUUUUGGAGGGAUGCCUUGAUCUGCACUAACCACAUUUACUUGCUUCACUCUUCACACACUUUUUAAAUAUUAAAUCGUCUGUUUUUUUGGAAAUUAAAAGAAAACAUUAGCUCUACUUUUGGGGACUUGGCUACAGGAAACCUUGGAGUAAAAGUUAAAAGCUUCCCGAAUCUGCACAGGAAAGCAGUGAAGAUGUUAUCUCCAGUUCAUUUUCAGCCUAGAAUCAGCCGUAGCUGAAUGGAACAGUUACUGAGCUAUGGAGAGGAAUUUGUAGAUAAACUCCAGUAGACUUUCUCACAGAUAUGUUACACCCUUACAUUUUUUCCUGGAGGCUGGAGAUCUGCACUGCUCAUAUGUUGCACAAGUUCAUUUAAAGUGUUACAUCUCUGUGGCAGAUUUGAGCUCAGCUCCAAAACAAAAAUCCUACCGGGGAAGAUGAGUUCCCAUUGGAAAGGUGCCAUGGGAUUUUCAACAAUGGGCUGCUUCUCUGCAGGGUGCUUGUAUCUCCUUACAGUACUACUGAAGCUUACAGAAGCAUUUAACGUGGAUGUGAAGAAUGGACUUUCAUUCAGUGGCUCAGCUGAAGAUAUGUUUGGAUACACAGUUCAACAGUUUGAAAAUGAUGAUGGCAAAUGGGUACUUAUUGGGUCUCCUCUGGAAGGACAACCAAAACACAGAAUGGGAGAUGUUUACAAAUGUCCAGUUCUCAUGCCAUCAAAUUGUUCCAAACUUAACCUACCAAGCUAUACCACCAUCCCCGACAUUAUUGAAGUAAAGGAAAAUAUGGCCAUGGGAUCAACUUUAGUGAAAAAUCCAAAAGGAGGUUUUCUGGCAUGUGGUCCCCUAUAUGCUUACAGAUGUGGAAGUAUGCAUUAUACAACUGGAAUCUGUUCCAAUGUCAGUUCAUCAUUUAAAGUUUUAAAUUCCAUUGCUCCAUCAGUCCAAGAGUGCAGUUCCCAACUAGAUAUUGUGAUAGUCCUUGAUGGUUCAAAUAGUGUUUACCCAUGGGACAGUGUCACUGAUUUCUUACAGAAGCUUCUGAAAAAUAUGAAUAUAAAUCCUAGUCAGACUCAGGUUGGCAUAGUUCAGUAUGGAGAAAAUGUAACUCAUGAAUUUAACCUGAAUACUUAUGAUUCAACGGCCAAAGUGCUACAGGCAUCAAUGGGAAUUAUGCAAAGAGGGGGAUCUCAGACAAUGACAGCUCUUGGUAUUGACACAGCAAGAAAGGAAGCAUUCACUGAAGCAAGGGGCGCAAGAAAAGGAGUGAAAAAGCUUAUGGUGGUUGUAACAGAUGGGGAGUCACAUGACAAUUACAGACUCAACAACGUUAUCAAGGAGUGUGAGAAAGAUGACAUUCAAAGAUUUUCGAUUGCAAUUCUUGGAAGCUACAACAGAGGAAAUUUAAGUACAGAAACCCUUGUAGAAGAGAUACGAUCCAUUGCCAGUGAACCUAAGGAGAAACAUUUCUUUAAUGUCUCGGAUGAGCUGGCUCUUUCAAAUAUUGUCGGAUCUCUGGGAGAAAGGAUAUUCGCCCUUGAAGCUACAAAUGAAGAUCAGGCAUCAUCCUUUCAAAUGGAAAUGUCACAGACUGGAUUGAGUGCUCAUUACUCAAAGGAUUGGGCAAUGCUUGGUGCUGUUGGAGCAUAUGACUGGAAUGGAACCGUGGUAAUGGUGAAUUCUGAUGCCAUUUUAACACCCAAUAACCAUACAUUUCGAACAAAGGCAGAUGAGAAGAAUGAACCUCUAGCAGCUUACCUUGGUUACACCCUGAGUUCUGCAUCGGUACACGGAGGAGAGGUCUACAUUGCAGGCCAACCCCGAUAUAAUCAUACUGGCCAAGUGAUUAUUUUUAAACUAAAUGGACAGGAAAUUGAGAUACUUCAGACACUGAAAGGAGAACAGAUUGGGUCAUAUUUUGGCAGUGUGCUAACAACUGUGGAUGUGGAUGGAGAUUCAGUUAGCGACAUUCUUCUAGUUGGAGCUCCAAUGUACAUGGGAAGUGCCAAACAGGAGCAAGGAAAAGUGUACGUGUAUAGAAUUCACGAGAAAGAAAUGCAGUAUCAGAUGAGUUUGGAGCCAUUAAACCAGACUUGCUGUUCUCAGCAGAAAGAUAUCAGCUGCCAGAAUGAGAACAAGAACGAGCCAUGUGGCUCUCGGUUUGGAACGGCCAUAGCAGCUGUAACAGACUUAAAUCUGGAUGGCUUCAAUGAUGUCGCUAUAGGAGCCCCAUUAGAAGGGGAUCAUCAGGGGGCUGUUUACAUUUAUCAUGGGAAUGGAAACUCAAUAAAAGGAAACUUUGCCCAGCGUAUCCCAUCAGGCGGUGAUGGAAAGAAAGUCAGAUUUUUCGGACAGUCUAUUCAUGGUGAAAUGGAUUUAAAUGGAGAUGGCCUGACUGAUGUCACUAUUGGAGGACUUGGGGGAGCUUCUCUUUUUUGGUCUCGGGACGUUGCUGAAAUAACAGUAACCACAGAGUUUACCCCAAACGCAAUUAAUAUCGAAAAGAAGAACUGCGAUAUCAACAGCAGACCGACAGUCUGCAUUGAAGCAAGGUUUUGUUUUAAUUUACUGCUCAAGUCUGAUGAGAACAAACUAACAAGCUCAAAUAUCAACUAUACCAUCACCUUGGACUCACCCCGCUACACUUCUCGAGCCUUUUUCAUUGACUCUCAGGAUAGAAAGUUCCAAGGGGUCAUUGGACACACAGCGAAUUGUCACAAUCAUAACUUUUAUAUGGUGGAAAAACCUGAUUUCUUGAAUUCCAUUAACGUUUCGGUUGAAUUUAAUUUUCCUGACCCCGAAAAGGGUCCAAUUCUCAGCAGCGAACUUCCAAACUUUUAUAACUCAUAUAUUCCUUUCACGAUGGACUGCGGAUUAGAACAAAAAUGUAUUACUGACUUAGUCCUAGAUGCAGAAAUACAUAUAGAUGGAAACAGCUUUAAUGAAGCCAUUGUGAAAUCCACUAAGGACAAGUUCAAUCUGACUCUGACGAUAAAGAAUAUGAAGAAGAGUGCUUAUAAUGCCAGGGUGGUUGUGAAAUAUUCUCAAAACAUUAUAUUGGCUGCAACUGAGGAUAAGCAGAAAGUGAGCUGUGAAUCGGAUCACGAUGUUAUAUGCAAAAUAGGAUAUCCUUUCUUAAAGGAGAAUGAAAAGAUUGCAUUUAAAAUUACAUUCCAGUUCAACGUUUCUCACCUUUUGGAUACUGCUUUCAUAUUUGUCAGUGCAACAAGUGACAGUGAAGAGAAGACCGAAACUCUGAUGAACAAUAGGAAGAACAUUACGUUUCCAGUGACAUAUGAAUCCUGGCUGACAUUUGUAAGCUCUACAAAAGAGUUUCAUGUUCCAAUUGCUGCAAACGAGUCUAUACCAACAGCCAUCAAUUCCACUGAAUCCAUUGGGGCCGAAGUGAUCAUAAACUAUGUGAUUAAGAAGAAUGAUUUUAUUCCAAUGCCAGAGGUUUCCUUCAGUCUUUCAUUUCCAUACAAAACACCAGACAAUAAUAUUCUCCUUUAUCUCACCAAUGUGUCCUCCUCUCAAAAUGUCAAUUGCAGCACUGACCUCCUGGACCCACUGGGCAUAAAUUCUGGAAAAACAUAUGUGAUGCCGGAGUUUAAAGAGAAUUUAAGAGACACAAUAUUGGACUGCAAAAGAAACCAAUGUAGCGCAUUUGACUGCACUGUAGAUCCAGCCAAUGAAACUUAUGUCAAUGUGUCACUAAGGGUAUGGAAAGCAACAUUUAUAAAGGCCGGUAUUCACAAUCUGAACCUUGUGCUGAAUGCAAAGCUUAAAAGUGAGAGCUCCUUGCUGAUCCUAAACCCUGAGAGCAGGAAUUAUGAGACAAUGAUUAAAUUAUCGAAAGAACUGGAGCAAGGAAGAGUGCCUUUCUGGGUUAUUCCUCUUAGCAUUAUCAUUGGCCUGCUGGUAUUAGCCCUGAUCAUAUUUGCAAUGUGGAAGGCUGGAUUUUUCAAAAGGCCGCUAAAAGAAAAGAUGGAAGAAUGACAUUUUUGCAUUUCUUUUUGGUCAUACUUGAACAUAGUUGGAUCCUUACAUUUAUUUUAAUGUUUGACAAGGAUAAAAGAUAGAAGACAUCUAAGAAAAGUGUUUGGAUCAUUGACAGAAAGUGAUUAAAUCUGGAAGUUGCUGAACCAUUCUAGAUCAGCAUCUAUAGGAAACUUCAACAUAAGCAAUGACUUGUUGGAAACAGUUGUUAAAGGAGGUGGCACGUAGCAAGUUCUGCAGAUUACUUGUGCAUCACCCUAAUGUUUAUACAAAGAUGCCAUCAUAUUAUAUUAAGUGCUAAAAUCAAGGCGUGUCUCCAAAAAAUGAAUGUCGGACUAUUUCAAAAACAAAUAACAUUGGAAAGUGAUGUGAUACAAGGCCAAGAGAAAAGUUGACCAUGUUUUCAAUUUUUUUCCUUUGUUUUUGGAUGUUGGUUAUACUGUCAUUAAGAGGAAUCCAUUUGGAACCGAAAUCUGUAUUGGUUUACUACUACUGGAGAUCUUAUACUUAUUUCAUGAGUUGCGUUCUGUAUGUGGCACCAUAAUUAAUAAGCAGAAGAUUGUUCUGAAAUUGGGUGGGGUGAAAUGUCUACUCACUCCCAUCAGAAACUGAAUGCUAACAAUUUAGGGAAAAGGCAGAUUCUCUAUCCCUCCUGAGUAGUGAUGUGCGAAUUUGUCCCGUUAUGGGCGAAACGGCGAAAAAUUUGCGAAACCUGACAAUUCCAAUGCUGGCGACAAUUUGACACAUGCCUAUUUUAUCCAAUUGCAUUAAAGUCAAUGGGCGUUUGGUAAAUUUUUGAAGUAUUCGAUAUUGUCGUCGGUGUAAGAAUUGUCGACGGCGUUAAAAAGCUUUGACACCGGCGAAAAUUUGCCAGCAAAUUUUCACUGCAAUUUCGAAAAUGUAUUUGCCAGUGUCAAAAUGCCGAAAUUCCCUGUGAAUUCGCGCCUGGUGAAUAAAUUUGCCCAUCACUACUCCUGAGAGAUGGAUAAAUAUAAACACAAAAAAAAUCUUGCCUUCCAGACAUUACCAGGAAUUUCUUUAGCUAAAACACAAUAUUAAUUUGUGGUGCUGAUUUAGCACAGCUCUCAUUUUAGUUUUGUGACAAAUAUUGUUACUGUAUUAUGAAAUUUUGCACUGAUUAUAUUUUGGUGUAAUAUAGUGAAUAAAGUACCCCCUCUUGUAAAAUAUAAAGAUAUUAUAAGUUACCGAGGA